CAUGUAGGAAAGAGAGAGCUGCUGGAUAUGUAGUCGGGGUUCAAUCUCUCUAAUUCCAUUCUUCACUUCGCUUUCACACCGUAACCCACUCCUUCUCCUCCUCCUCCUCCACCUCCAUUUUCGGUCUUUGGAUUUUGUAACCAAAUGGAAUUUGCGGCAAUGGUUUGAGCUUCUUCUGUUGCUUUUGUUUGUUACGCUGUUUCUGUAAAUUGCCCUUUCUUUCUCUUGGCAAAAGAAGGCAGGAAAGACAAGAGGUUGAAGGAUAGUAAUGGAGUCAACAGAAUCUCCCUAUGUGUCAUCUCCUGAGGGACCCAGGAAACCCCCCUUGGCACAACCCAAUUCCCAUGCUCCAGAUUCCACAGAGAAACCAACAUAUGUUCGGUUUCUUGUUUCAAACGCUGCAGCUGGUUCUGUUAUUGGAAAGGGUGGUUCAACUAUCACUGAUUUCCAAUCACAAUCUGGAGCACGAAUCCAAUUAUCUCGCAAUCAUGAAUUUUUCCCUGGAACUACAGAUAGGAUUAUUAUGGUAUCUGGUGCAAUAAAUGAAAUUCUAAAAGCUGUAGAACUUAUUCUUUCUAAGUUGAUGAGUGAGCUUCACAGUGAGGAUGACAAUGAUGGUGAGCCAAAAACAAAGGUAAGACUCAUUGUUCCAAAUAGCUCUUGUGGAGGAAUAAUUGGCAAGGGAGGUUCUACCAUUAGGUCAUUUAUUGAAGAUUCUCAUGCUAGCAUCAAGAUAUCUCCUCAAGAUAAUAAUUAUUAUGGACUGAAUGAUAGGCUAGUGACAUUGUCUGGAACUCUGGAUGAACAGAUGCAUGCAAUUGAUCUAAUUGUUUCCAAGCUUGCUGAAGAUCCACAGUAUUCGCAGUCCAUGAACACUCCAUUUUCAUAUCCAGGUGUUGUCUUCUCUGGUUAUCAAGGUGUUCCCUAUACAUAUGUGGUUCCUUCUGUUGCAACAACACCCUACAAUGGAAUUAACUAUAGGCAAAAUGGCGCGGGAGGAAAAGUCCAGAACAGCAAGGAGGAGCGGAAUAACUCACUGACAAUUGGUGUUGCAGAUGGACAUAUAGGGCUGGUAGUUGGUCGUGGGGGGAGGAACAUAAUUGAAAUUAGUCAGAUUAGUGGGGCAAGGAUAAAGAUAUCUGACAGGGGUGAUUUCAUGACCGGAACAACUGAUAGGAAAGUUACCAUAACAGGAUCCCAGAGAGCAAUACGCACAGCUGAAGCGAUGAUAAUGCAGAAAGUUGCUUAUGCAGCUGAGAGGGCCAUGGAGUAGUAGGCAAAUACACUUGUAGUGAACCUGCUUGCUUAUUGCUUAUACAUUUGCUGUUUUCUUAGGUUUUUUUCACAUAAACUACUUAGUUGAUAAGUUGAGAUCUGAAUAUUGUAGUUUGACAGGGAGCAAGAUUUUGUUGUUAAUUUGUAGGGAGAAAAAUACUGCCAGAUAAAUUGAUUGGGGAGGUACACUACUGCUUUUGACCAUGUGUAGUAAUUAGAAGCAUAUUCUUUUUGUUACAUGUUGUAAGUCAACAUUUACUUCAUUACCUGGCCUUGAGAUAGGAUUUGAGAAUCCCUGCUCCUUGUUAAUGAUUUAGGAAUUGAGUAUUCACUUGUGAGAA